AUGUCUAUCCAACUUGAUAAAGAUGGCUCCAAUUUUCAUACUUGGGUCACUUUAUUUAAGCUUCAUUGUAGAGCUAACCUUGUGGAUUCUCACAUUCUUCCCGAUGACUACUCUAAAGCAUUAGUUUCUAAAGAUUCCGAAUGGCAACGUCUUGAUGACAUUGUUCGCACAUGGAUUUAUGGCUCCAUUAGUCCAUCCCUCCUCCAAUCCAUAGUUCGUCCCGAUGAUUGUGCUUUUGAUGCUUGGACUCGUAUUGAGAACAAUUUUCAAAAUAAUAAAACCUCUCGAAUUCUUCAUCUUGAGUCUCAAUUUAAUGACAUUUCUCUCUCAAAGUUUCCCAAUGUGAAAUCUUAUUGCAAUGAACUUGAGACUAUUGCUACGUCUCUUACUAAUCUUGGUACUUCCAUCAUCGAUAAUCGAUUAGCUCUCCAAGUUCUUCAUGGGUUGAAUUCGAAGUAUAAAACUUUUCGGUCUUUGGUUCAACAUAUGAAUCUCAUUCUCUCUUUUGAUACCCUUCGUUCUAUGUUAGAAUUGGAAGAGCGCUCCAACCAUAGACACACUUCUCCCGCUCAAGAUUCGGCUCUUGUUACCACAAAUAAAGCCUCUUUUUCCGAAAAUUCAGCCCAUUAUACCAACCGCGCCCCCCCCACCACCGUACCUCUCGUCGUGGUGGCCGGAACAGCCGUGGCAGCCACCAUGGCUCCACCAGCAGCUUUGGGCAUCACUGGUAGCAUCAUCAGCCCAGGCAGCCUACUCCUCCCUUUUCUCGGUCCAAUAGGCAGCCUACUCCUUCUGGCGGCCUAA